UAUAUUAGUAUUUUAGAGUUUAUGUAUUAACUAAAUUCUCACUAAUGUCAAUAUUUAUGACGUCAGUCGACGCACUGUCGCGGCGCGAGUCUGUCGUCAUCAGCCCCUCCUCGCGCACAGUCCGAUGCGCCAGCGAUGUCCCGGAGCUCGCGCGCCGCAGCACAGAACCGCGCGACCUUCAACCGAGAGGAAAACGAGCAACAUGGCCACCCGCUUCCUGUUUCUGUUUGACUUUGACGAGACGCUGAUCAACGAGAACAGCGACAACUCUGUGGUCCGUGCUGUGCCGUUCCAGAAGCUUCCAGCGUCCCUGAGCAAGACUCACUCCCCUAGAUUCUUCCUGGAGCACUCGCAGCAGAUCAUGACAUUCCUAAACGAGAGUGGUGUCACCGAGGAUGCCAUCCGGGCUGCAAUCCAGCAAAUCCCGGCUUCUCCGGGUGGAGCGGCACUUCUCGACUUCCUGUUGUCUCAGGAUGACUUUGAGUGCGUCGUUGUCUCGGAUGCAAACUCAUACUUUAUUGAGACUUGGUUACGACAUGCCAGAGCUCAGAAUCUUUUCACCAAGGUUUUCACCAAUCCGGCAGAAUUCAACACAAACGGACGCCUCGUCCUGCACCCGUUUCACUCCCAUUCCUGCCCUAGGUGCCCGGAAAACAUGUGCAAGCAGGUCAUCCUGAGAGAGUAUGUGAGCAAAAGGGCGAAAGAGCGAGGGGAACCUUUCCAAAAGGUAUUUUAUAUAGGUGACGGAGAAAAUGAUAUCUGCCCCACGUUAGCGUUGGGACAAAAUGAUACGGUUUUCCCCAGGAGAGGAUUCCCGAUGCACAAGAUCAUCGAGGAUCUACAGAAAGCGCAGCCCGGUGUGUAUAAACCAGCUGUAGUGCCCUGGGACCGAGGUGAAGACGUAGUGGACUUCCUGAAGAAGGUCCUGCAGGAGAAAUGAUCUGCUGGAGCGGAAAAAGAGUGAAAGAAUGAGGAGGAAGGAGGGAGAUGAAGUUACUGACAGAUACGUAUUACACAAACCAGCACCUGAGACAUGAUUAGCCUUGCAUGAGCCCCGCUAAUACACCACGCCAGAAUAAACAAGGUCACUGUGUGUAUGAGAGUGUGUGUAUGUUUUGUGUGUUUUGUGCGUGUGUAGACUGAAUGACAAUUUCAUGACUGAGCAAUUAACAUUUAUGUACAAUAGCAUGCAGAGAAAUGGCUUUCGGCUAAAGGCUAAUGCAAAGUUAUACUUUGUUAAUGUCUUCCAGAAUGCAAACACACACACACACACACACACACACACACACACACACACACA